AUGGCUACCGAACGCCAGCAGAAGGAAACUGUAGACAGACGCAAGGCGCGGAAAGCCGACUUCAAGAAGGCGGAAGCAUCGCGCCCCCUGUGGGACGAUGUCGCGCCAGUGGUAGUCCAGACUCCUGCGCCGGACUGGACCUUCGGCGCGGGCCCCAACCACACCCACGCGCAGACGUCGGCCUCCGCGACGACCGCCAAGCACAUCGCCAUUGACCCCUACGCUCCCGACCGCUCACUGCUGGACAACUACAAGCUCCUCGUGAGCGGCGUGGUGCCGCGGCCCAUCGCCUUCAUCUCGACGCGGUCGCGCGACGGCAAGAGCGAGAACUUGGCGCCGAUGAGUUACUUCCAGCUCGUGAACGUGGACCCGCCCAUCUUGGUGGUCGGGCUGAUGAGCCCGAUGGCCAGGGCGAAAGAUACGCUGCUCAACCUCCUCGAGACGAGAGAAUGCGUCAUCAACGUCGUCAGCGAGGGCAUCAUCGAGGCCGUGAACGCCACGAGCAUUGACGCCCCCUACGGCGUGUCCGAGUGGGAAAUCGCCGGCCUAACUCCCGUGUAUGACUGCCACACUGUGUCCUGCGCCCGUGUCAGGGAAUCUGUCUUCAGUAUGGAGGCGCGGCUCGAGAGUGUGCGCGAGUUCUCGAGUCGCAGCAAGCCUGGCACCAAAGCGGGCACCCUCGAGACCCUCGAAGUCACUUACUUCUGGGCGAGAGAGGAUGCUCUUAACGAGGGAAGGAAUGAGCUGGAUCUUGCGGUACUCCGCCCGAUGAGCAGAUUAGGAGGCAUGGCCUUCGGUAGGACGACUCAGGUCAUUGAGCUGAUGCGGCCGGAUUUCGACACCGACUUGGAAGGACUCGGGGGCUUGGAGAAGUUAAGAGAGGCCAACAAAGCGAGAACAGGAAGCUGA